AUGACCAGCACAAUCACCCCUCUCCACGACCUGGUCCUCACCCCGCAGCAGCAAGAUCUGCUCUUCGCUGCCCUGAACUCCAACCGAGUGGCUGGUGCUGGAUCCGCGACCACAGAUCCCUCGGCUCUCACGUCGUCAGACCCUCUGAAGCAGACGAAUCCGCACGGUGGUCUCAAUGAUAGCUCCUUCCUGGACUACGACUACUCGUUUGACGGAGCCGACUCCAGUUUUGAUUUUUCCUUUGACAACGGAGCCCAGUCCAAUGGCGUAGAGGAGCUGCCUGCCACUGGGGCCUCCUCCUCCGACGGCUCUCCGGCUGCUGACGACACUCCCGACAAGAGAAGUCACCCUGAUGACGAGGACGAUGAGGUGAACGAACCCAAGAGGCGGGAAGGAUCGGACAAGGUCCCCAAGAAACCCGGACGCAAGCCGCUUACUUCAGAGCCAAGUUCGAAACGCAAGGCGCAGAACAGAGCAGCGCAGCGAGCCUUCAGGGAACGGAAGGAGAAACAUCUCAAGGACCUGGAGACCAAGGUGGCUGAGCUGGAAAAGGCAUCGGAAGCAACCACCACCGAGAACAGCGCGCUUCGUGCUCAAGUCGAGAAGAUGACUGUCGAGCUGAACGAGUACAAGAAGAGGCUGUCCCUAAUGUCGGCCCCACGGUCGGCUUUGUCCGCAACCACCGCCAAGCGCAAUACAUUUGGCAAUCCCAUGAUGAACAACUUGGCGGACGUCAACUUUCAGUUCGAGUUUCCCAAGUUUGGGCAGCUACCGGGUCCCUCCACGGGCGCUAGCGUAAACGGCGGUGCUGCUUCCGCCAAGUCAGCAACCAGGCAGAACUCAGCCAACAGUGCCACCAGCCCCCAGACAAAGUCAUCGUCGAACAAACCAAGCCCCAGCGACUCCAACUACAGCAGUGGGCUAGACUCUCAGACCAGGGACGACCUUGCCAAGUUCUCUGGCAUCUUCAGCCCGCCACUGACAAACCAAAACAUCGCCAGUGUCUCUGACACCAGCAGCCACAAGAACUCCCUUUUCAGCCUGGCCGGUGCCUCAACGAGCUCGCCUUCAGCAUCUUCCAACUCUAACGGAGGGCCGAGCUCAUCAUGCGGCACCUCCCCCGAGCCUUUCACUCAGUCACCUAUGGGCUUCAAGCCAGUAGACACACUCACAACUAUUGGCGAGGAGCAGUCGACAGGCUUCAAUCCAACCUCAGAUGCGGGCCACUUUGCCAACAUUGACUCAAAUGAUAUCAGCUGGCUUGCCUCCCAAAAUAAUUUCCAAUUUGAUCCGCAGCUCUUUGGCAAUUACCGUGAGCCUCAAGACAGCCUGAUCACCACCACGGGCUUUGACGACAGCUUCUUCAACGAUGCUUUUGACAUGGAUUUCCUGACGCCGUACAACGUUGCACCAAGUCCAGUGGCGCCUGCACCUAAGACAGACUUGAUUGCGCAGAUCGAUGCAGCCAAGAACUCGGAUAACGAUGUUGUUGCUGACCCCGAAGUCCUCAUGAAUUGCACAAAGAUAUGGGAGAGACUGCAAGGAUGCCCGAAGGUCCAGACCGGCGAUUUCGAUCUCGACGCACUCUGCUCGGACCUGCAGAAGAAGGCCAAGUGUACCGGAAAUGGAGCUGUCAUCGGCGAGAAGGACUUCAACCACGUCAUGAAGAAGUACCUCUGCCCAGAAGAAGCCGAAAAGCAGCGUGAAUUAGCAGCACAGGGGAACACUACCUCGUGA